ACACAUAAACACACAAAGUCAUAAACCCUUGGCGUCUCCGAGCUUUUCUUUCUAUUCAUCAAUGGCUGACAAAACUGACUCUCUUCAUCACUCUAAGAUCUCUAGAGAUGGACAAGGGUCUGACAGUUCAAUUCCGCUUUCACCACAAUGGCUUCUCCCGAAUCCCGGGGAGAAUAAAACUGGAGCUGUAUCUGGGGAGAUGCACACAAGUCUCUUUCCAACCUCUGCCAUUCGUUCUGGUCUCGUUAAAUCAGAAGAAAAGUUUGACCAGGUCAAUGAUGUCUCUAAGAAGAAGGAUGUGUUUCGCCCUUCUGUGCUCAUUAACCGUGAGCGUUGGCAUGAUGAGGAGAGAGAGACAAAUUCCUCUCUUCGAAAGGACAGGUGGCGAGAGGGUGAUAAAGAGCUUGGAGAGAACCGCAAUGUGGAUCGUUGGGUUGAUAGCCCUUCUGGAAGAUACCGUCCACCAUCUGAAAGAUGGACUGAUGCGGGAAAUAAGGAUCAAAAUCAUGACCCACGUCGUGAGAGCAAAUGGAACACAUGGCGGGGCUCUAAUAACAAGGAAAUGGUCAGUCCUCGUGACAAGUGGGCUGAUUCUGGAAAUGAUGAGAGGGAUAUAGACCAUCCUAGGCCAUGGAGGUCGGCUUCUGCUCUCAAUAGAGGAAAAUUUGAGCCGCCUUCUUACCAGAGCCCAGGUUCAAACAAGGUUUCUCCUAUUGGGGGACAUAGUGAAAAUCGUAACCCGACUUUCUCCCAUGGUAGGGCAAGGGGUUUCUUUGAAGGGAACCAUAUGACCUCCAUUGAUUCACACUCAUCGGCAUCAUUUUGUGAAAAGAUUGACCGGCAUCAUGAAGAGGCUUCUGUUGUGAGAUAUAGCAGGGCAAAGCUGAUUGACUUGUACACAAUGACUGAUAAGAGGGUGUUAGAUGGUGUCGUGUUUGUGCCUUCUUUUACGCAGGAAGAACCUGUGGAGCCUCUUGCACUUAUUGAACCCACCCCUGAGGAAUUGUUCAUUUUAAAGGGGAUUGAAAAAGGGGACGUAAUAAGUAGUAGUGCACCUGAAAUUACUAAAGAUGGAUCUCUUGGGCGUAACAUGGCUGACGUGCAGUCAAGAAGAACCAAACUUGAGAAUAGAGAAGACCUACCACUUUCUGCCGACAGCUGUAGAGAUGAUAAUGCUGAUGGUUAUACAGAAGCAGAAAAUUAUGCAAGGAGCAUUGAUGUGGGAAGUGCUCGAGAGUCAAGAGGGCAUGGAACCUCUGUUCACUCUGGAGAAAGCUGGCGGUCUCAGCCUCAAAAGGACACCACUGAUGAGCCGAAUGGCAGGUCUGUAGAUCCAUACUUGAAAGAUAAGCAUAAAUGGCAAGUAGGUGAGGAUCCAAUCGUUAGAAGGCAACCGUCUGGACCUUUAGACAAAGAACAAGAAACAAUAAUACAUUUGGUUUCCCAGCCAUCUCCUGAAGACCUGGUUCUUUUCUACAAAGAUCCUCAGGGCUCAGUUCAAGGUCCUUUUACUGGCAUCGAUAUCAUUGGUUGGUAUGAGGCUGGAUAUUUUGGGAUAGAUCUGUUGGUACGUCUUGCAAAUGCUCCACCAGAGUCGCCAUGGAGUUCACUUGGUGAUGUCAUGCCUCAUCUGCGUUCCAAGGUCAGACCACCCCCAGGUUUCAGUGCAGCAAAACAAAGUGAAGUCCAUGAUGAAUCUAGUACAAAGGGACAUGGGAAGUCUAACACGGCUCCUCCACUUGGAACAGAGAGUGGUGAUAACUUGUACAAGUUUGCGAAGAGGAUAGAACUUGAAAGGCAAUCAUCAAUAUCUAGUCGUUAUUCCCUUUGGUCUGGAAGGGAUUCCGAUCCCACAACUUCACAAUCAAAUGUUUUAUCUGCUGUUGAUGAAAAUCUUCGACAACAACCCCAUCCCCCAAAUGUCCCGAGUCCGAAUUUCAUGUCCAUUCUUCAGGGUUUAUCUGAUAAGUCUAACUCUGCGGUCAACAAUGGAGUUACAAAUUCGUCAAAUUUUCCAGUUCAAGGUGGUUUGGAUCCCCAUCAAUCAUCGUUUGGGAUCCACCAUGGACUUCAACCACAGAAUCAAUCUAGUCUGCUACUUCCUGAACAGUUGCUUGCUUCUGCUAUCUCUCAAGACCCUCAACUGCUAAAUUUGCUGCAACAGAAACACAUGUCACAGAUGAAUCCUCAAGCACCAAUACCAACACAGCAGAUGUCAAUAUUGGAGGGAUACUUGUUGCUUAAACAGAAGCAGGAGCUGCAGCAACAACAGCUAUUGAGACAGCAAUUGAUUUCCCAGGUGCUCACUAACCAACAGAUGCAGCCGUUGGAUCGUCUAGGGUUACAGCCUACAAAUGAAAUCUUCCACAUGGGGUCUCAAAAUCAAGUUCCAAUUGUUUCACAAGCUGGUGCACAUAUGAAUGAAUCUAAAGUUCCAAUACUCUUGCCUCAUCAAAUGAUGGUAAAUGGUGAAAACAGUCACAUGAAGGGUGCUUCAAUGUCUGUACCUGCAGACCACUUUGAAAAUCCAUCAGUGUUUCUUUCCGCUGGAGCUCCUGACAAUGAAGUUUCAAAGUCUGAACAUCAUGGUGGUUUCAAGGUGUCAUCUGUGAAUGUUGUGGAAGGGCCAAAGUUUGAGAAUAUAAAAUCUACUGAAGUAUCUGCUUCAGAAGAAGAAAAAGCUGUUGAGUCACUUGAGGUCAAUAAACCUUCUGAAAAGAAGUUAAAGAACAAAAAGUCAUCCAAGUCACAAUUAUAUGAGCUGGAAAAGACAGCUUCUAAGACAAAGCAAUCUGAAGCCGAAGUCAGCAAACCAUAUAUCUGUGUUAAAGGAGAUAUGCAAUGUGGAGUCAUUGUAGAUCCUGAUGGUGUAUUUGAUGAUACUGACAAAAUAUCUGUGAAAAAGAAUGAAGUCGGCACUGAUGCAUAUAUGGGUCAUCGAGCAUGGAAGCCUGCACCUGGCUUUAAGCCAAAGUCAUUUUUAGAAAUCCAGCAAGAGGAACAGCGGAGGGCACAGGCAGAUGCACACACACGGUUAGAAAUGUCAGUUACUGAUAUUUCAAUAUCGUUAGGCUCCAUCAAUCUAUCCACCCCAUGGGCUGGUAUUGUUAAAAAUUCAGAUCACAAAGGAACUAAGAUGAACCAGGUAAGCUCUGACCCUAGAGUUACUGAGUGUUCUGUGCAUCAGAAAAGCAAAAAGAACUCACCUCAAGAUCUCUUAGCAAGUGAAGUUAUGGAAAAACCCAGUGAAAACGAGUCGGCAAGUUUUCAGUUUGAUCCAACUGACGAUGUGAACUUUAUCGAGGCUAAAGAAAGCAAAAAGAGCCGGAAAAAGUCUGCAAAAGCGAAGGCUGCAGGACUCAAAGCUUCAGUGCCUGAAACUCCUAUCAGUUCAAGUCCCAACGAGAAAGUUAAGGAUUCACAUGUGACACAACAGGAAAAGGAUUUAUUGCUGUCUGGUUCGUCACUGGGAGAUUAUGUGGCCUGGAAAGCGGAGAUGACAGCCCCAGCACCUGCUCCAGCUUGGUCAACUGAUUCUGGAAAGCUUAGUACACACACGUCUUUGAGAGACAUAUUGAAGGAGGAAGAGAAGAAGGUAUCUUCUAAUCAGCAUCAAAUACCUGUCUCAACUUCUCAAAAAUCUGUACAGGUUCAGUCUACACAUGGAAAUGGUCCAUGGUCAUCUUCCUUGUCAUCUAUUGCCAAUGCUGCAUCCCCUAUCCAGAUUACAUCUCAUGUUUCUGUUCAAUCAAAAAACAAAGAGGAUGAUGACCUGUUCUGGGGUCCAGUGGAUCAACCAAAGCAAAAAAUGAAACAAUCAGAUUUUCCUCAACUUACAAGCCAGGUUUAUCGGUCAAAGAAAACUUCUGUUAAAGGAAUUUCUGGGGGGUCGUUGAUGCGGGAGAAAUCUAUGGGUGGAAAGGUCGUUGAUAAACAUUCAGAGGCAAUGGACUUCAGAGAUUGGUGUGAAAGUGAGUGUGUCAGGCUUAUUGGAACAAAAGAUACAAGUUUCUUAGAAUUUUGUCUAAAGCAGUCAAGAUCAGAAGCAGAGAUACUUCUAAAGGAGAACCUGGGUUCAUACGACCGUAAUCAUGAGUUCAUUGACAGGUUUCUUAACUACAAAGAUUUCUUGUCUUCUGACAUCCUCGAAAUUGCCUUCCAAGCUCAAGACAACACAAAGGUUUCCAGAGACACAAAUUGUGUCAGUGAUGGUCCUGGGGAUCUCAAUUUGGAUAGCAGCAAUGUAGAUGGUGAGCCCACCAAGGUCGGAGGCAAAAAGAAGGGUAGGAAGGGAAAAAAGGUUAGUCCAGCAGUUUUAGGCUUUAGUGUUCUUAGCAACAGGAUCAUGAUGGGGGAGAUUCAGACCGUUGAAGACUAGUGGCUUCAUUUGUCUUUUUUGGCAGUAACUCUGUAUAUACUUGUGCUAACAAUCCCCAGAGACAAUUACCCUUUUUAACAAUUCCCAGAGAAGAGGGAGGGAGCGUACUGUAAAUGAAUAUUUUGUCUAGGGUCUAGCAGGCAAUUUCGUAUUUUUGGCUAUAGAGCUGGCCACAAUGGCAUGUAAUGUUGGUUUUGCUCCAGCAAAUUUGUGAACUUAGUUUUAACCCAAAUGCAACUUAUGCUAUAAAGAUUUUAUUUGGCACA